CACCUUCCACUCACUACACACUCCUUGAGAGAUUAGCGCGCGGGCGGCAGUAAUCUGUUUCAGCACCACGGCCAGAGACACUGCUUGGCCAUGAAUCCUGUCGAAAGUUGCCUCACCUGCGCCGGAAACUUAUAAGGACACCGAAAAGUGUGACCAAGUUGGUCUGGACGCUGAGGAUUGAUGACGUUGGACUGAAAAUGUUCGUUGGAAUUUGUUCUGUAGUUGCAGUAAAGUUAAUUUCACGAUAAGUGACUCCGGAGCUUCAGCCGAAAGAAGAAGAAUCUACAAUUUUAUUUUGGGGGGGUUGUUUAAUGUGAGUAAGAGGCGCAUCAGGGGCGCACAAAUUCAGCGCGUUGGUUCGGUCCUGGAGUCGUCAGGAUGGAGAUCCGGACGGACAGGUUCAAGGCCGUGACAGCCAAGACUCUUGGGAAAAUAUACGGAGCGCUUGAGAAGAAACAGGAAAAUGGAGAGACAAUUGAACUGUCAGCAGAAGGCCGACCUGAGUUGGUGCAGGAGAAAGAGAUGCCCGUGGUGGACUGCACUUGCUUCGGCCUUCCCAGGCGCUACAUCAUCGCCAUCCUCUCCGGCAUAGGCUUCUGCAUCUCCUUUGGUAUCAGAUGCAACCUGGGUGUGGCCGUUGUCAGCAUGGUGAACAGCCACAAAGUCCUUAGAGGCAACAAGGAAGUGAUAGUGAAAGCACAGUUUGAAUGGGAUCCAGAGACAGUGGGAAUGAUCCAUGGUUCUUUCUUCUGGGGAUACAUAGUGACUCAGAUCCCUGGAGGAUUCAUCUGCCAAAAGUUUGCAGCAAACAGAGUGUUUGGAUUUGCUAUAGUGGCCACAUCUUGCCUGAAUAUGCUCAUCCCUGCAGCAGCUCGGAUGCACUUUGGCUGUGUGAUCAUCGUCAGGAUAUUUCAAGGACUUGUGGAGGGGGUUUCAUAUCCAGCUUGUCAUGGUAUUUGGGCAAAAUGGGCCCCGCCUCUUGAAAGAAGUCGUCUGGCCACAACAGCCUUUUGUGGUUCUUAUGCAGGUGCUGUGAUUGCCAUGCCUUUAGCUGGAAUCCUGGUUCAAUAUUCUGGAUGGUCGUCUGUUUUCUACGUCUAUGGUAGCUUUGGUGUCAUGUGGUACUGCUUUUGGAUCCUGGUGUCAUACGAGAGUCCAGCAGCGCAUCCCACCAUCACUGAAGAGGAAAGGAAAUAUAUUGAGGAGAGCAUCGGAGAGUCAGCCCAACAUACAGUAACGAAGUUCAACACACCCUGGAGGUGCUUCUUCACCUCCAUGCCUGUGUACGCCAUCAUUGUGGCCAAUUUUUGCAGAAGCUGGACUUUCUACUUGCUCCUCAUCAGCCAGCCUGCAUACUUUGAGGAGGUGUUUGGGUUUGAGAUAAGCAAGGUCGGUAUUGUUUCUGCACUUCCCCACCUGGUUAUGACCAUCAUCGUGCCUAUUGGUGGACAAAUUGCUGAUUAUUUGCGCUCUAACCAAAUUAUGACCACCACCAACGUCCGGAAACUCAUGAACUGUGGAGGGUUUGGCAUGGAGGCUACCUUGCUGCUGGUGGUUGGUUUCUCACAUACUAAAGGUGUUGCUAUCACGUUCCUCGUCUUGGCUGUGGGUUUCUCUGGUUUUGCCAUUUCAGGUUUCAAUGUCAAUCACCUGGACAUUGCACCACGGUAUGCUAGUAUCCUCAUGGGUAUCUCUAACGGCGUGGGCACCCUGUCUGGUAUGGUUUGCCCUCUCAUAGUUGGCGCCAUGACUAAGCAUAAGACGCGCGAGGAGUGGCAGGGUGUGUUUCUCAUUGCUUCACUUGUUCAUUAUGGAGGCGUGAUAUUCUACGGCCUCUUUGCAUCCGGAGAGAAGCAGACCUGGGCGGAGCCGGAGGAGCUGAGCGUUGAGAAGUGUGGCAUCCUGGAUGAGGAUGAACUUGCAAAUGAGACGGAGGAACUGUACCGCACGAGCGGCGGAGGGGGUUACGGAGCUAUGAACACAGCAUCAGAUCCAAACGGAGGUGCAGCAGGUGGAGGCGGAGGCUGGGUAUCCGACUGGGACAAAACUGAGGAGUACAUUCAACCAGCUGGAACCAAUAGUUAUCUUCAUGGGGGAGAGGGCGAGCUACAGAGAUCAUAAAAGCAACAAAUUCUGCACACAAAGCAAACACCAGCAGUGUUGAACAAACAUACCCUUUGACUACGUGGUUAGAACACAAAAUGAAAAGUAUCUCAUCAAGUGUCGGUGCAAACACACCUGAUGUAAAAAAAACUCCACAGUGGAAUUGACCACUUUAGUACCUGUAAAGUGUGUGUUUUUGAGUGUGAGUGCAGUUGUGCACCCCAACUGUGUUAGGAACCAGCAGCUAACUUUGUUGGAGGUGGGCUUUAGACCAGAUAGUGGCUGUCUUUGAUAUUUAAAAAAAUCUACAGAUGUGCUGGUUUCAAUUCUACAAAUGUAUACUUCAUAAAAUAGAAAGGUGGGCCCAGAUUUAUCCUUUUUAUCACAGUUUCAUCAAAGUUUCUGCUCUCCAACUAACUCCUAUUGAAUCGAGAAUCCGCUCAACUGAGGAGUCCAGAUGAAACACGGAGAUGAAACACGUCCUGCAGAGCCGACUCUUGUGCUGAAGAGGAUAAAAAACUUCUAAUGAUGUUAGCUCAACAGGGUUCGUCUUUCUCUUAGAAAAAAGAGUUUCUGCACCUUGCAGUGAAAUAUAAACAGACAUUUUCUCUAAAAUUAGCUAUAAUCUUUGUCUUUAAUCUGCACACAGUCGAGAAAAAAAUACAUUGUGCCAAUACAACAAAUUUUACUCUGUAGUAUUGGAUCAAGAAAGGCGAGAAACACUUUCAAACAUGACUUCAUGCAGCUUUUUGUGUGGAUUUUCUUUGUGUGUUAUCAGAACAAAAGCUUGCACGCAAAGUCUCUGAUCUGUCUCCCUGCUGACAAACGGAGGAUCAAAAGACGUCUCAGACCAAAAGUGGUGUCACCAGGCAGUAAAAUAAUUGCACCUUUCAUAUUUUCUUUCACUCCAUCCCCACAACAAACACUUUUUGAGACUGUUCUCAAAUCAAAUACCUUAAUUUUGAUGUAUUAUUUAUUAGUUCUUCUUGUGCUCUGCGUUCCUGCUCAGAGAUGGAAGAAAAAAAACAAGCAGUUUGGUGUCAUUACAUAUUCCAAAAUUUGUUUUAUCUUUGCUUUUUAUUAUAGUGCAAAAUGAUAAUAGGCAAUUUUUACAGUAAAUGCAGGACAUUUCCCUGCAUUUAAGCAGUCUGUUUUGUCUUUAGCAAAAAUGUAUUUAGCUCUAAAAGGCUUUAAGUUGUAUUCAUUGGUAGAGCUAAUUUUCAUUUGUGGAAUUUUUACCACUCCUGUUAUUUUUCAUUGAAAUUAUUGUUAAAUGUGUUACUUGUAAACUGAAUGAUAAACAUGUGGAAAUAUUGUAUUGUAUAAUAAAACCUAGAGGUGUUUGUUUCUGUCCAGUAUUUACAGAUAACUGGCAGCUUGUGCUGGCAUAUUGCUGCCACUGUUGCAUGUCUGUGUUUCCUAAAUUAUCUAACUAUAAGCACAAUCUACAGAUUGACCUGAGUUACAUUUUCAUUGUAGGAUCGUUUUAUUUUUCGGGACAUGAUUAAAGAGCUCAUAAGUAGACCUCUUUGACAGCUAAUUCCUUAAGGAUUUACAGCUGUAAAGCAGAGGUCUUCAUUCAAUGAUUUGAAUCUGCUGACGAGUGUCCGCAGUUUAAUAGAUUAUCUUGCACUUGCAUUCAGGAAAGGGGACAAUAAAGAAUAAUAUGCGAGAUAUUGAUUUUGUAUUGUGACAGUAAAACCUAAAUAUAUCUUUACUUCAUUCCUUCUUCUCUCUGUAA